CAAACUAUUAGAAUAUUUUAUGCAAUUUACAUUCAUACGGUGGAAUUCGCUACUCCGUGGAAAGAAGAGAUUGUAAAAUAUUUCACUUUUUUAAAGUAAAAUCAAUGUUAAGCGAUGAGUGAAUCAAAGCUACCAAUCAUUAUUGUUUGUUCAGAAGGCGCAAAAAAGGGAUCUCAAGAGAUUAUCGACAAUCUCCGCAAAGAAUCAUCCGACAAGAACACGAUCGAUUUGGGCAAUAAUGUUUUGGGAUAUAAAUUUCACAAUUGUACAAAAUAUUAUGAAAACGAUCUCGUUUUUCUGUCGCACGAAUCAAACCAUAUUAAUUUGGUACCAGUUGAACUAUUGGAUCGCAUCGAAGGUGUGAUCGUUUAUUUCGAUUCGGACAACAAAGAUUUCUUGCACAAGCUACCCGUUUAUGCCAAUUUUAUCGAACGAAAUAACAUUGAAUUUGGCAUUUUGUUGUGCAGUGAACUGUAUGACAAUUCAUUAGAUGGAAUCACUUACAAAGAGAGCAAAGAAUUUAGCAAUGUACUGGACGUUAUCGAGUUGGAGCGAAAGCGUGACACUGAUGAUGAUGAUCAAUGUGCAGCUGACAGCCAUCACGAUCCACUUGGCUAUGAUGAGGUUUUGCAAACAAUUCGUGCCAUAAUUUGGUCCAAUGUUGAUAUGAAACGCAAGUUGCCUCAAUCAAAAAUUCCUCAUGACGAAAGUGAAGCAGAAGAAGAUAAAAUGGUUAGCGUUGACACUCUUGAAGCAGAGUUGUCUGGAUUUGAACAACUUUUGACAGAAGUCAUGGCUUUCAAAGAAACAACGGCAACGUGGUCACGAAACGAAAGAUUAGCAUACGCUGAAAAGUUUGCUGAUGCGUUUGAUAAUCUGCUACAAAACAAGGUGCUUGAUGCAGAUACAUCAAGUUCAGACAGCGAUAGUCCACCGAAUGAAAAUUGAAUUAAACUCUGAAUCAUUCCAAGACCAUUUCAAAAAAAUAAUAAUAAUAAUUGUAGUGAAAGUCCAAAUAAAGUUCUAAUUAAUGUU